AUGGCACAUCCUCCAGGGAGCGGGGGCACCUCUUUGGCUCCAACUCCGACACAUCCCCAUCAUCUAUCGCGAGAAACGAGCAAGGACGAGCUAGAGAUGGCUGAGAGUCUACGAUUACUUAACCAGGCCCACGAGCACCACAGACCGAGGACAGAGACUCCGUCACAGGAACAGCAGCAGAUUCACAGCCAGGAAGACCAAAGACAUGAGAUUUAUCAUUCACUCGAGGAUGCGGUGCCCAUCUCAGAGCAACCGGCGAACCCGGCAGACUCGACAUCUUUACAACUGCCCAACAUGAGCUAUGACGCAUCCAACGCGCCUGUUGCCGGACAAGUCUGUAGUAACUGCAAGACAACACAAACGCCGCUUUGGCGCCGAUCACCAGCUGGAGAAACUGUGUGCAACGCAUGUGGCUUGUACAUGAAAGCGCGGAAUCAAUCACGUCCCGUGAAUCUCAAACGCAACACUCAGACUCAGCCGAUUAUGCCCGUGCAGCAAAGCCCAACUCCGGGCCCUUGUGACGGCAACCGAACGUCACCGGGGUCCCUUGCGGCUUCGCCCCGAGUCGCGACCUACGUUGCUGCAGACCAGAUGACAGCCGGCACAUGUCCUGGUGGGGGCCGAUGUAAUGGCACUGGCGGUCAACAAGGCUGCAGUGGCUGCCCAGCGUUCAACAACCGCGUGUCCAAAACUGCUAAAUUCGCAUUGGCCCAGGCGAAUGCUGCAUCAAGUGACGGAACAAACGGAGCAGACGCUGCAUCCAGUGCAGCGGCAGCAGCAGCUUCUACAAGUGCUAUUCCCGCAUGUCAAAACUGCGCAACUACGAUUACACCACUCUGGAGACGUGAUGACGCUGGUCACAUAAUAUGCAACGCCUGUGGACUCUACUACAAACUGCAUGGAACACAUCGCCCUGUCGCAAUGAAGAAGCAGGAGAUCAAACGCCGGAAACGGGUCGUACCAGCUGGUGACACAGGCUCCCAAGCAGCGCCUUCUGUUGCCGACUACUCCCCACCGCAGCGUCCGUCCCAAACCCCAGCAUUCGAGCAUUCCGUUUCCCCAGACCCGUCGACGGCGCUAGAAUCUCGAGAAGACUAUACACCCGAACCUAGAGGACCAAUUGCCGUUGAUUUCACCCACUAUUACGGUAACGCUUCGGUGACCUCAAAUCCGGCCACUCUUAUACCGAAUACACAACCCAAUGCCCCAUCGCCCCGCAAGCGCAGUCGAAGCGCUACCAUGGACCCAGAAGAGACCGCCAACCCCAUGCCUCAUCGACCGAACGCCAUCUCGUCGAUAUUGAACCCGUCUCAAGCCGAUGUGAACGCCAAUAUCGACCCGUCGCUAUCUGUGCCACUACGUCCGAGUGCGGGCUCGUCAUCUAAUCCUGGAGUCUCGCAAGAAGAGAAGGCAGCUAGGAGGGAAAGACUGAAGAAGGAAGCGGAGGCUAUGAGACAAGAACUAGAGAGGAGACAGAAAGAGUUAGACGAGUUGGAGAACGACUGA